AUGUCAGCCAAAGAUGCCUCCCCAACCCGCCAGCCAUUGACCUCCAGGGCGUCAAUGGUGGGAACUGGAGGAGAUUAUAGCACUGUGGUUUUGAUAGAUGUGGCGGGCAAGCCACUCAUGAACCUUCACAGGGUUCCUCAGCACGUUACUGUGUCUGACGUCAAGCGGAAGAUCUCGGAGCGACUGAAAGAAGUAGGGAGAAAUCUACCAGCUGACCUCAUGAUACUGAAGUACGGGGAGAACGCGGAGACAGAGAUGGAAGAAGAGCGUCCUCUGACGUUUUAUAACACAAUGGGCUUAUCCAAGGUCCAGGUUCAGAUUUCAAAGCGGCAUAAGUUCGAUAUCAAUGUUGUUGUUGUUAAACCUGAAGCGAAGUGCCUCUGCAUCAAGAAAACAGCAAGGGAGGAACUUCCUUUCAUGGUCCGAGUCCCCAGCACCUGCUACGUCAAGCAGCUCAGGAUGGAAAUCGCGCGGCGAAUGAAUUGCAACGUCGACCGUCAUGAGUUGGAGCUCUUCUUCGACCCGCAGCUACAGGAGCAUAUAGUCAUAGAAGGGACUUGCAGAGCCCGCGGAAUAAACCACUUGGGAACAGUGUACACAAGGUUUCCCCCAAACUUCGAUAUUAACAACUUGGCCCCACUGGAAGUACCAAGGGAGACAGUUGCAGACGGAGCAGCCAAGAAAGAGGAACAAGCCACGUCAGCAGCAGUAGAACAAAAGCCAGCGGAGGAUAUUCUCACCGAUACCACAGAGGCAGAGGAAGACAAGGGAGCUCCGAAGUCUGCCAUUCAACUUGACUUCGAGAAGGCAGCAGGGAAAAGUUUGACUAUGAGCAGCACCCAGGCCGCAGACUUUGCCAGGAAACUGGGCUACAGCCCUUCUUCAAAGGACGCCGCCUCUCUGCCGACCCAAGUGGAUUACAAAGCUUUCCAAACCUUUCUCACAGGCGCCCUUCAUGCUGAAGACCUUGCUGAGUCUUUUCAGCAAUUUUUUGCGCUUUUCGACACGCAGGGGUCAGGUGAUUUGUCUGCAAAGCAACUCUGCAAUAUCGUGCAGAUGUAUGGAGAUGAACCGCUGUCAAAGGAUGAAGCUAAAAAGUUCACCGAGAUCGUGAUGGGAGGUGAAGGAGUGCUCCCCAUAAAAGUCAUUGUGGACAGGAUCAUGGAGGGCCAAAUCUGA